AUGUCUGACACAGGAGUAAAUGGUUCGGUAACAAGCGUCGACAACCAAAUACGGAGCCUCAAACAAAAUGCUACAGCGCUUCAGCCUCAAGCCAUGCAUGGCGUGCUUGAGGCUUAUCUGGAAAGCCCUCAAUCUCGUGAGCAAAUGGUGGCUGGGCAUGGAACUGCCGAUGCCGAGGAGGCUAUUCGACACCACCGUAGGGAAAUGGCGGAGUACAUCUUGAAGAUGGAAAAGAUGCUACCGAGGUAG